CUAUUUCACUGCAGGAGGUAAUAGAUGCGAGAGGUAAGGACAGAACGCAGAAAGGUGUGUAUAAGAUUUUGAAUUAUGUGGAGAACCAGGGAGGGCAGAGUAUUGAGAAGUUUUUUAGAUGUGUGUUUGAGGAUCACAUGCUGCAGAAAUAUCCGUUUCUGUGCUCACUCAAUACCAGCCUUCUGGAAGAGUCCAUCAGGUUUCUUGGACAGUUGCCUGAUGCAAAAAAACUGACAGGAAGUGAAGAAAAGAAGGCAAAGAAAAAGAAGGGUCAAAACAAGAGAAAGCAAGGUGUUGAUGAGACAGAGAAGGAGGAACCACACACUUCUGUAUCCAGAUUCAGCCAGAAGAAAGCAGCCAUGAAGCCUGGCUUCUCCCUACCAUUAAAGAGAGUAAAGAAGGAGGAUAUUUGGACAUUGGAUUGUGAUAAGAAUCAGCUUCCUGUUACCUGUGGAGGUAAAGAGGGCACACUGUAUCGUGACAAGCUUGCCAGAGGAGAGAAGUGUAUUUUGUCCCGGGACCGCUGGUUCACCCCAUGUGACUUUGAGAGAUUUUCAGGAAAGAGAAAUAGCAGGAAAUGGAAACACACCAUCUCCUGCCAAAACACUACACUGCAUAAACUUAUACAGAACAAGACAUUUUCUUCUAGCUGUGUGGAAAGCUCCAGCCCUCAGUCAGCAUCCAGUGUGGUGACAGAUGAAUCCAGUGAAGACCAUGAAAAGUGGAUAGAGGAAGAGGACAAUAAACAAGAAGAAGAAGAGGAAGAAGACAGCGAGCCAGUGGAUUUGUCUGAAUUUCAGGCUUUUGCUUUACCAGUCAGCUGUGGUUCUGUCAGCGGGUUUUUAUAUAAAGACAGAUUUGCAGGUAGGUGUGUGUUUCCAGACAUUGUUUGUGCUGCAGGGUCACGCAGUAAGAGCAUCCGUACAAAGGAGCACUGGUUCACUCCUGAGGAGUUCGUAAAGCAGGGGUUAACGCUGACAGACGGACACUGGAAGAAAGACAUACUGUGUCACGGCAAAACCCUUAACUACCUGGUGAAGAAAAAAAUCCUGUAUAUCCAUUCACUGCUGUGUCCCUGUCGUCUGUGCUGUCCUGAGAACCGGCUGGACCAGGAUAAUGAUGACGUGUGCUACAUUUGUGACUCGGCGGGAAAUCUGGUGUGCUGUGACGAGUGUCCACGAGCUUUUCACCAUCACUGCCACUUACCAACUCUACAGGAGGACACACUUGGGGGUAAAUGGAUGUGCACUUUCUGUGUGAUAAAGACUAACCAGGGAUUGUGGAAUGAGGAACCAAUAAUGAGCAUGCAAGAUGCUUUGCAAAGUCCUGUUUCUGGAAAUAUUACGGUACACACACACACACACACACACACACACACACACACGCACAAACAAAUGGAUACAAAGCUGUGUCUCCGAUUGUAUCUGUUUUUUUCCUUCAUCAGCAGUGUGAGUAUUUGCUGUUGCGUUUGUAUAAGGAGGACACAGAGCGUGUGUUUACUGACGAUCCUACUACAACAGUAAGAAUUUCUUCUAAAUGCUUACAUGAAGAUUAAAUAUCCUGAAGUCUAACAAAAGCCUACUACAUUGAUUAUUUCAGUCAUAGUUGAUAUGUUUUGGAAGAGGAAAGGAAUGGUACAAUCGCUUCAUGACACGAACCAUCCAACGGUCCCAAAUGAUCAUUUUCAACACAUCAGGGUUUCUGCUCAGAUCUGUUUGAUCUGUUUACAUUGACUACAGUGUUUAACAAAGAGAAAUGCAAAUGUAUCAUUGAUUAUCUUUUGAUAAUGUUAGGUUGUGAUUUCCACCACUGUAAUGAAAUAAAAGGAAAAAUUUUGGACGCCCUGGCUAUGUUUUUUAGCCCUGGAUGAACUGUACAUUGGGAGAAAGUAGGAAAUAAUUUAAAUGUACGUGCCAGUACACUAGCACAGGUCAUACAGGUCAAAUCUGAUUUUCAAUCACUAUACAAAAUGGGAUAAAAGACAUGAUAUUACUUCACAUAACCUUUAUUAAACUGUGCCCUUGUGCAGGUGAAGAGAUACCGCAGUGUAAUCUCCAAGCCCAUGUGGCUGAACAGAGUGAAAACUAAA